UGGUUUUAGGUCCAGUUCCAUAAAUCGGACUCAUCGGAUGUUUUCCAUACAUUAACCUCUAUGCAGACUCCUGGACUCCUGUUAUAAAAUGACGAAAAUGAUGUAAACAUGUGUUUCUAUCUCAAAUAAUUAACUUUAUUCCAAUAAAUUACUCAGAAAAUUUUAACAACUUACAGUAUACAAAAUAGCAGUGGCAGGAAAGAAAAUGUCCGGAUCACUGAGGACCGCUGACACAUACCCAGGUCAAUUCGGACAAGGAGAUAUCUCUGAUACUCCAAGAAGCUUAGGAAAUGGACACAACUCUCGUCCAACCUCACCACUCAAGUUUUUUGCAAGAGCCAAAAGUAAAAGUAAUGACAUUUUCAAAGGAAUUGCAGAAUAUGUGUUGGAGGCUGAACAUUUUCUACAAGAAACCAAAGGUGAAGAAAAUGAAGAAUAUCAAGUUGUCCAUGGCUUUCUAGGGAUGGUAAAUGGUAUCAUAGAAAAACUGGCCAGAGACCACAUGAAAGUCGUAUUUUUUGGCAGAACUUCUAACGGGAAAAGUACCACUAUCAAUGCUAUGUUAAGGAGUAAGAUUUUACCAAGUGGUAUUGGACACACGACAAAUUGCUUUUUACAAGUAGAAGGAACAGAGGCCUCAGAAGGGUUUUUAUUAACAGAUGACUCAGAAGAUCCUAAAAGUAUUAGUUCAAUCAAGCAGUUAGCCUCAGCCCUGAGUACCAUGAAACUUAAAGAGAAUUCAUUGAUUCGGAUUGUAUGGCCAAAAGAGAAGUGUCGUCUGCUAAAAGAAGAUGUUGUCUUUGUAGACAGUCCUGGAAUAGAUGUCACACCAGAUUUAGACUCCUGGAUUGACCAAUUCUGUCUGGAUGCUGAUGUUUUUGUCUUAGUUGGCAAUGCAGAAUCGACACUCAUGCAAACUGAGAAGAACUUUUUCCACAAAGUGAGCUCCCGAUUAUCCAAACCCAACAUAUUUAUUUUACAAAACAGAUGGGACGUGUCAGUUAACGAGGAGGAUGCAGACGAGGUAAAAGAGCAACAUUAUACCAGAAAUACCCAGUUCCUGACAGAUGAACUGAAAGUAGCUGAUAAACAGGAAGCCACCAAUAGAAUUUUCUUUGUUUCGGCCAAAGAGGCAUUGAUCAGUAGGCUUCAUGAAGACAGUCAAACACCAACACCAACUGGAUCAUUACAGAAGAAUUUUGCUGAGCGGUUAUUUGCCUUUGCCAAUUUUGAGAGAGCUUUUGAGGUGUGCAUUUCUCAAUCAGCUGUACAUACAAAAUUUCAAACCCAUUCAGAAAGAGGGAAGAAAAUUACUGCAGAUCUAAAAGAUAUUAUGGAGAGAACUUAUACUGAAUGUUUACAAGCUUGUGAGGACCAGGCUCAUAGAAGACAAGAAACAGCUGAUGAAUUAGAAUAUUUAGAUAAACAACUUGAUCUAUUGACCGAGGAAAUUAAAGACAAGAUAAAGGUCAUGGUAGAGGAAGUGGAGAGAAAUGUAUCAUUUGCUCUCAAUGAUGAAAUUAAACGGUUAUCUGCCCUUGUUGAUGACUUUGAUCGACCUUUCCAUCCAGACAAUUUAGUGCUGAGUGUUUAUAAAAAGGAGAUACACAAGUAUAUAGAUCAUACUCUGUGUAGAAAUUUAGAGGGCAAAUGUUCUGGAAAGGUUCUAAAGAAGCUUAAUAGAACACAACAGGAAAUCACAGAUCGCCUGGCAGCACUUUUAAAAGAUGAAGAAAGAGCACAGUUGAAUAACGCAUUACCUAAAAGAGACUUUGAAAUAGCUUAUAAAUUGGACUGUAGAAAUUUAUGUUGUGAGUUCCAAGAAGACAUUCAGUUUCGUUUUUCUUUUGGAAUAACAUCCUUAAUGUAUAAAUUCUUAGGGAACAAAGGAACACAGCACACACUAGGAGGUGGUCAAAAUUAUAUUCCUAGACCCAUGUCUAGUUCUGGUACACCAAUGACCCCCCGAGCUGAACUACAACAACAAGACAGUCAAGUGCUGAUGUCAGUCAUUACAACGUUUGCUACCAUUACAUCACGGUCUACAAUGGGAGGUGUUGUUGUUGCAGGACUUGUCCUAAAGGUAACUGGAUGGAAGGUUGUUGCAGCAGUAGGGUCAUUAUAUUGUAUGUUAUACCUUUAUGAGUGGUUAAGUUGGACCAAUAAAGCCAAGGAGAGGAGAUUUAAAAGUCAAUAUGUGGAAUAUGCAGCUAGUAAACUCAGACUGAUCGUAGAUCUGACAAGUUCUAACUGUAGUCACCAAGUACAACAGGAAUUGUCAUCAACUUUUGCCCGACUUUGUAACACUGUUGAUCAGUCUAAACACAACCUUAAAGACGACAUACUGAAACUGGACAAAGAAAUCAGAAGAUUAGAAGAUACUUCUAAAACCGCCAAGAGUCUCAGGAACAAGGCUGAUUGGUUGGAUAAAGAACUGAAUACGUUUAUUGAAGAGUUUCUUCAGAAGUAUGAUUAGCCUCAGCUUACCAGGAAAGUUUAUGUGAAACUAAUUUAUGCUUAUUGUACUUUUAGAAUAUGUUCAUUUAAUUUGGUAUGUAAGAAAUUGCUAUUAUUAGUACAGCACUGCAAAGGCCACCCUUCAUAUAAACGAUAGUCUUGCCUUAAAUAAUUUGUGAUCUUGUCUAUUUAGUUUAUACUUAUAUCAACCAAUCCAUUGGCUGCCUAGCAACAUUUUAAAUUUCAGAAAUUCGUAUAAAAUUGAUAGCAGUUUUUAUAAAUAUAUUUAUUUGACUAAAGAUUGUUACCAUGGUUACAUAAAUCUAUUAAAAACAUGAUAUUGAUGGUUAGUGAGAUUUGUUUAUUUAUUUAAAAUAACUUCUAUAAUUAUUGCAUGUAAUUUCAUAACAGACUUAGAUAAAAAGUCAUUUGCAUAGAAUUUUGGAAUUUGAAGAAGAGUGUUAUUGUAAUAAAUGCAUGGAUGCUUUUUAAAAAGGACAUAAAUUAAGUUAAAUUCUCAAUAUCUGGCACAAACAAGUUCAAAAGUCUACAAAAACUGUGACAAGAUGUUCUCUGUAUUUUUUAUGAAGCAAAUAAACUUGAAAAAUUGCUCUUUUUACCAUUGUUACAAAAACAUAAUGCAUAAUUUUAUCAUGUUUGUUUAUAUAAAACCUUCAUAUUUUGAUGCCAUAAGUGGGUCUUAAUGUCCAUAAUAUAUUAGUUAGUUUGUUUUAAUUAACAUUUGUUAUAUAAUUGUAUAUAAAUAUGUUUUUUUUUGUUUUUGACAUUUUUACGUCCAUUGAUCAUUUGUUUAUAAUGACUCUUGGGUGAAAUUUUUCCACUUGAUGUAAAGAUGGUAAAAAGCACCUUGACUAAAAUUAAUUUGGCUAUUUUAAUUUUCAUAAAAUUUUGACAAAACUUAUACUUCGACCCUCUGACAAAAAUAUAAAAAUUUCAAAAAACUUAAAACCACACACUUUCCCAGAAAAAUUUCAUUGGAUAUAGAUAGCAGUAUGACCAACACUGAUUUAUAUCAUUGAGAAGCUUACUAUUUCUUAACAAUACAAUGUGAUUAAAACGUUUAGCUGAUUUUACAGAGUUAUCUCCCUGUAGUGUUAGGUACCACCUUAAAUAAGAAAUCAAUAUAACAUACUUUGAAAAUUUAAUCCUUAUCUGUACAGUCAGACAACAUUGAAUAUCUUUUCUUCUGUCUUUAAUGAAGGAAAGUGACAGAAAAAAAGUGAUUUCUUUUUACAUUAGUAUUUCUUAGUUUCACAUUAAUGAAUAAGAUUCACAUAUUCAUAAUAUAUAUAAAGGUUGGUUGUUCAUAUGUAAUGUGUUCAUGAUUUGUUCAUAAUUGUAAGUGCUGUAUUGUAUGAAUUUGAAUAACUGUAAUGUGUAAUUGUUUAUAGUAUGUAAUACGACACGUUAAAAAGGAGCUUGUGGUAUGAUUUAGUGGUUUUCAUCAUUUAGCAUAUUUAUAACCAAUAUAAAUACAUAUUUUGCCUCUGGUACUAAUAUUAGAUGUCCAAAACUUUCAACAAGGAAUAUUUUUAAUUUGGGAUUAAGGAAUAGAUUAUUUUUGUUAGUAAUAUCAGUUAUACUAACAUAACUAAUCUGAUCUCUUUAAUAAAGAAAUUAAUCCAUAGAUCAUUUGCAAACAUUAGUAUCAAUUAUACAAAUCUCAUACUAUUAUGCAUAACUUUUUCUUAACCAAAUAAAGCCCUUUAUAUUCUAUUUAUUAUGUAUUUUGUUAUUUAAUUUGUUUUCAAAUAGUUCCUAGAAAUAUGAAAUUGUUUUUAGAAAUAAUGAAAUUUGUUCAUAGAAGUACUGGAAUUGUUCAUAAAGUGAAGACAUUUUUAAUAGAAAUAAUAAAAUUAUAGAAAUAACGAAAUUGUUCAAAGAAGUAAUGAAAUUGAUCCUAGAUUUAUGAAAUUGUUCAAAGAAGUAAUGAAAUUGAUCCUAGAUUUAUGAAAUUGUUCAUAGAAAAAAAUGAAAUUGUUCAUAGAAAUAAUGAAAUUGUUCAUAGAAGUAAUGAAAUUGUUCACAGAAAUAAUGAAAUUGUCCAUAAAAGUAAUGAAAUUGUUCAUAGAAUUAUUAAAAUUGUUCAUAGGAAUAAUGAAAUUGUUCAUAGGAAUAAUGAAAUUGUUCAUAGAAGUAAUGAAAUCGUUCAUAGAAAUAAUGAAAUUGUUCAUAGAAAUAAUUAAAUUGUUCAUAGAAGUAAUGAAAUUGCUCAUAGAAAUAAUGAAAUUGUUCACAGAAAUAAUAAAAUUGUUCAUAGAAAUAAUAAAAAUUGUUCAUAGAAGUAAUGAAAUUGUUUGUAAAAGUAAUGAAAUUGUUCAUAAAAGUAAUGAAAUUGUUUACAGAAAUAAUGAAAUCGUUCAUAGAAGUAAUGGAAUUGUUUACAGAAUUAAUGAAAUUGUUCAUAAAAGUAAUGAAAGUGUUCGUAUAAGAGUUAUGAAAUUGUUCAUAGAAGUAAUGAAAUUUUUAUUGAUGAAAUGAAAUUGUACAUGUCUGAAUGAUUUUAUCGAUAUUUAUUUGUGCUCAUUGUAAUAUAUUCAAAGCCAACAACAACCAACCUUGUUGCCAUUAUGGUCAUCAGUGUCAUAUUUGACCACUCUGUUUUCAUCACCCUUCCCUCCUUUAACAUGAUAUAAUAUUUACUCUAGAAUUUUUGUAAAAUUUAUUAACCUUUUUACAAAGUAUUGAUAUAUUAUCACUGUUUUCACUUUGAUAAGGUCUUUAUUUGAAAGGUUACGCUGUGCAAUUGACCAACUUUUAAAUCUCUAUGUAAUUAAUGAUAACAUAAAAAAUAUUACCCAAUUAUCACCAGUUUGUUUAAAUUUUCUUCAGAAAUUAGAUAUAGUUUUAUCCCCUCUAUUUAUUUAUUUAAUGCAAUAUUUAUAAGGUAACAAAUCAUUUUCUAAUCACAGUAAAUGCAUGAAAUAUUAGUAUAUUUUAAACUUCCCAUCAAAUAUUUUUCGGAUCUUUUAUAUUCUUUUCUGUUAAAUAAGUGUAUUAGGUUGUUGUAACAGUUUUUAAUUAUUGUGGAUUCACUUAUUUUCGUGGGUACCAAUUUUCAUGGAUUAAGGAAAACUUACAUCUUUAUGUAUAUUUAAUUUCAUGGUUUUGUGGAAGUUUGCAUACAAACCUAUUGGAAAUUUGUCUUUGGUUGAACAUUUAAUUUCGUGGGUCACCAUUACCCCUGACAUUCAUGAAAAUUGGUAUCCAACGAAUAAUAAUGAAUCCACAGAAUUGAGAACUUAUAUCUACAAACUAUUUUGUAUGUUUUCUGGAUUUUGUUAAAGAGUUAAUCUUAUUUUAUAUAUAAAUCUAUGUUGUUUUUUCUUUAAAUAUUCUUUUUCUGAGUAUUUAAAUCAUUCUUUGCUGUGACAUUUCAUAUCCAUUUCAGUUUAUACAUAAUUGUGAUGUUUAUAUUGAAUAAGUGCUAUUAAUGUUAUAAAUAAAUUUGAUUAUUA